AUGCCAUUUCUGCUGUACCCCUACACUAAGGGAUUGUACCAGGGUACUCUACAGGACAAAGUGCCUUACAAAGGAAUUGCUGUCGCCCUGGUCAUGACACUUAUCCCCUGUGCCAUUGGGAUCUUCUUGGAUGAAAAGAAGCCUCAGUGUGCUCGCCGCUUUGUUAAAGUAAGUGGGGAUUGCAGUACUAUUUGGAUCUCACUUCGCAUAUCUAUGUAAAUGCUGUAGGGGAAGUCCUUUAUCUUCCAUUAUUUCUUCUGCCCUGCACAUGGAAAGGGUUUUUUUAAAAAUACCAAAUAAGAAAUUGUGCACUGCAAUUCUUUUCUCUUUGUAUUACCUGCUGCCUCAGUGCAAAGUUCAGCCCACAGUGCUAGAUUUGAAAGGUAAGCAAUGCUUGAUUUUGAAUUUCCUUGUUUUGUUUAAUUUGCCCUAUCCUCAUGCAUUGAGCUUAUUCACUUUUUUCUGCUGUUGAAAUGUUUUUUGUGUUUGAAGUCUCUGUUGCCAGGGACAAAAUGUCCAAAUAAUGCAUGUAUCAAAAUGAGAUGUAUUAUCCUGCUUUGAAAUGCAGGUCACUUUUUUACUAUUUACUGAGCAUUAACACUCAGUAAAUUUAUUUGCAAGGGGGUUGAACAAUGUCAAGCAAUAGAUGGCCCACACUUUCUAGUGCAUUUUACUAUUACUUUUGUUACAGCAAAAAAUCAGUGGGGGUGAAGGAGGAAACCCUAUUUGUGUGUUCCAUUCCCACCAACCUCAUAUGUACAUUCUUUUCCUAACUCAAAUGUCCAACCCUGUAGCUGCCAAUGGCUGGGGUAGCUGUUCUGCAACUCUGGGAGAGUGGAAUGAACCAGGGGCCAAUGUCAAUUAGUCAAAGAGAGGAAUGGGGGAAUUGUCUCAUCACUGUGCAAGACUGAAUGAGUGAAGCAGCUUCCUCCCAUAGUCUAUGAGGUAUGUGGCACAAGGGAACUGCAAUACACAGAAGGGCAUUAAUGUAACAGAUGAUGCCCAGUUUUGGAUUAAAUGCAGUGGUGUUUUGUUUUAACCUCUCUUCCUUUUUCAGGCAGGUAAGAUUGUUCUGCUUGUGCUAUCUAUCACAAUAAUUGUUCUGAGUGUGGUCAGUUUCGGACGCAGUAUCUUGAUCAUCUUCUCUCCACGCUUGCUGGGGACAUCAGCUUUGAUGCCUGUUAUUGGCUUCUCCUUGGGCUAUAUCCUGUCUGCAUUCUUCAGCUUCAGUGAUCA